GCACCAUCCCCGAGCAGCUAUCCCCAGCCAAGCACUGUCAGGGGCCGUUUUGUGUCGAGAAGGCCUGAGGACAUUGACGUAGAAGAUGUGUGAGGAAGAGGACAGCACUGCCCUUGUUUGUGACAAUGGGUCUGGUCUCUGUAAAGCCGGCUUUGCUGGGGAUGAUGCUCCAAGAGCAGUUUUCCCUUCCAUUGUGGGUCGUCCCAGGCACCAGGGUGUGAUGGUUGGUAUGGGUCAAAAAGACAGCUACGUAGGUGACGAAGCUCAAAGCAAGAGAGGAAUCCUGACCUUGAAAUACCCCAUAGAACAUGGCAUCAUUACAAACUGGGACGACAUGGAGAAGAUUUGGCAUCACUCUUUCUAUAAUGAGCUCCGUGUUGCACCUGAAGAACAUCCAACUCUACUGACUGAAGCACCACUGAAUCCCAAAGCCAAUAGAGAGAAAAUGACCCAGAUAAUGUUUGAGACUUUCAAUGUGCCAGCCAUGUAUGUAGCUAUUCAAGCCGUUCUGUCGCUCUAUGCUUCUGGACGUACCACAGGGAUUGUGCUUGACUCUGGGGAUGGUGUCACCCACAAUGUGCCAAUCUAUGAAGGCUAUGCCUUGCCACAUGCCAUCAUGCGUCUGGACCUGGCUGGCCGUGACCUGACAGACUACCUCAUGAAAAUCCUGACAGAACGUGGCUACUCCUUUGUGACCACUGCGGAACGUGAAAUUGUCCGUGACAUCAAGGAGAAGCUGUGUUACGUGGCCCUGGACUUUGAAAACGAGAUGGCCACUGCUGCCUCUUCCUCCUCUCUGGAAAAAAGCUAUGAGCUUCCUGAUGGCCAGGUGAUCACUAUUGGAAAUGAACGCUUCCGCUGCCCAGAGACCCUCUUUCAGCCAUCUUUCAUUGGCAUGGAGUCUGCUGGCAUUCAUGAAACCACUUACAACAGCAUCAUGAAGUGCGAUAUAGACAUCAGAAAGGAUCUUUAUGCCAACAACGUGCUGUCUGGAGGCACUACAAUGUACCCUGGUAUUGCAGACAGGAUGCAGAAGGAAAUAACUGCUCUGGCUCCUAGCACUAUGAAGAUCAAGAUCAUUGCUCCUCCUGAACGUAAGUACUCCGUCUGGAUUGGAGGUUCUAUUCUUGCCUCCCUCUCUACUUUCCAGCAGAUGUGGAUCAGCAAACAGGAAUAUGAUGAAGCUGGCCCAUCCAUUGUUCACCGCAAAUGCUUUUAAAUUGUUUUGUCUUUAUGUCUCCUUAGUGUAUUACUGUGAAUGUAUUCAGGAAAAUACAUUCUUAUAAUUUCAUUCCAUAAACUCUUCAUCAUAAUGACUCUAGUUAAUUGGAUAUAAUGUAUUUUUGGUGAAUAAAUUUCAAAUAUGCUAUGAA